AUGAGCGGUCACUCAGCGCGCAAUAUGGCGUUGCUUUCAAGUCGACAACUCGCACGUCAGCUGUCGACUACGAGCCAUGCUGCCGGUCUCUCGGCUCGUUUACGCAAGCAAUGGCGCGUUUCACCACGUCCCGCCUCCUCCGCUGCUCCGUCAUCGUCGGCAGCAGCACCAGCACCCGCCAGCGUAUCUGCAUCAACUUCUACAUCCUCGAGCACAGCCAAGCAUGACAAGCCGCAGAACAAUGGCGCAUCGCAUCAACAGCACUCUUUCGCACAGCGCAAAGCUGCAUUCCGUUCCCUUCGUCACACUUCUGCAGGAUCCAGCUCCAACUCGGCAUCAUCGUCAUCGUCGUCGCCAUCGUCAUCUUCAUCGUCAUCUUCAUCGACAACGUCAUCAUCGUCAUCGUUUAAAUUCGUAGAGAGUGCAGAUAAGGGAAAAGCACGAGAAUCGUCAUCCCAUCCCCGAGCAGCUUCUUCAGCGGCAGAUCACUCCGCGUCCCUAUUGAAGGAGCUCAACUCGCUCGACGAUCUGCUCGAUUCUCUCCAAAGUCAAGCAUUUUCCAUCUCGCAGCGGCUCAGGAACCUGGAACUGCGGCGAAGGGACGGCUCACCUGAUCGGCUUGAAAGUACUUGGGGUCCCGAUCGACUUUCUCCUCCCGGCGCCGGCGACUCUGGACAAGCCAACGUAGAUGCCUGGUCUGCGUCUCCCGCCGAAGCACCCACCUCAUCCAGAAACACCGACAAACGCUCUUCCGAAGAACCCAAAACCAAACUUGUGCACGGCAACGACUUGCUGGCAUCGUCCAACCUACGCUGGCGCGACGGGAAAGGAAAGAUGGUCGAAAGCAUCUCCUACAGCGGACCUUUCGCCGACGAGCAAAAGAAAUGGACCGAAUCCAUCACCGGUUGCGUCACAGCAAAGGGCGUGCCCAUCGACAAAGUUGAUCCGCUACGCAAGAUGGAAGUGGCUACCUUGGCGCAUGGUCUGGAUCGGGUGCUCUUCAACCCUGGAAUCUAUUGGCUGAGAGAUCCGCGUUCCGGCAUAUACAACUUCGACCCUCGCAUCAAGGACAUCCUCGACGUCGACCUUUUCGACUACGCCGCGCUUCCACCGUACAUCACCUCGAGCAAAGAUCCGGAGCUGGCGACUCUGACGCAGAAACACCAGAAGAAGUACUGCGGAAGCACGUCGUCCAUGACAUCGCUGCUGAGCCAGUGUUACUUUUUGAUCUCGGGAUGGCGUCAACCGGACGUCUCUGGGUUUUCGUCGCCGUUUGCCGGCUUGCCGAAUGGAUUUAGCGUUGGUGCCAAACUGCCAGCGUCGAUUCUCUUGCACUACAAGGAUGGAUACUAUGCGAUCGAUGCAGACAAGACCGCUGCUGGCGAAGCCGAGAACAGCAACUACGUCCUCACCUCGCUCGGCAAGAGCAUGGAAAAGAUGCUCACAGCUACGCCGGAAGAGUACGCCAAGUACAUGCGCAUCAACUCGUGGAAGCUGACCGAAGAGGAGAAGACCAAACCGGAGGCGUACCACUACGCAUCGACGGACAAGAUCAUGAUGCGAUCCCAACUCGACUGCCACGACGAGCGUCUGCCGCGCAAGACGUUCGACCUCAAGACGCGCGCCUCGAUCGGCAUAAGGAACGACCGCGCCAACUACGUCGAAGGUUCCGGCUACCAGAUCCGCCGCAGCACGGGCGUGCUGGAGAGCUUCGAACGCGAGUACUUUGACAUGAUCCGUGCCGCUUUCCUCAAAUACAACUUCCAGGCUAGGAUCGGUCACAUGGAUGGCAUCUUUGUAGCGUACCAUACGACGAGUACGAUCUUCGGCUUCCAGUAUAUCUCGGUGGAGGAGAUGAACGAGAGGUUGUUCGGGACGCAGGAGAUGGCGGAUCAGGCGUUCAGGUUGAGCUUGGGGAUGAUGGAGAGGGUAUUGGAUGCGGCUACGGGUGUGUUCCCGGGGGAGAGUUUGAAGAUUACGGUGGAGUCGAAGGAGAGGAAGGCGGAGGCGGUGGGGUUGGCGGGGAUGAGUGUGUAUGUUGAACCUGCCAACGCCUCCAGCAGCAGUACGGAAAGGGAUGGUGAGGGUGGCGAAAAGACGAAACGUACCAUCGCACAACUCGACAUCACCGUAGACAGGUACCUCGACGGAGGACUGAUGCUGGGUCCUGUCGACUUCACCCACCUACCCGGACGACGCAUCGAUCCUCUCUCGGACGAUGAGAUCGAACGACGCAUGCGAUCCUCCCUCCCGCCCGUACGCUGGGAGAUCGACUACUCCAUCUCUCCGCGACCCGAUCUCACCGAAGCGAAAAUUCGCUCCAACCUCGACGGCGUACGCGCCAAACAGGCGAGCCUCAACUCGCUCAUCCUGCCCAACGUCGAUGCGCUCAACGCGCGCGAGCAGUAUCGGACCGACGAGCUGGCCAAGAACCCCGAGGCGUUGCAGAGGUUCUUGGAGGAGAGAAAGAGCGGUGUUGCUGCGGGCAUGCCGUUGGCGCCCGGUCAGGUGUCUGCUGAAACAACCGUCGGGUCAACGAAGGGGAAGGAGGGGAAGAAGGAAAAGGAUGUGUUGCCGGAUGACGUGCUCAAUCCGACCGCAGCGGGGGAGGAUAAGUCGUCGAGGAGGAAACAGGCGGAAUCAAGGUUCGUCAGGAUGAGGAAUGCAAGGACGUUGAGGCUGAGAGAGUUGGCCAGGUUGGGUGCCAAGGAUGCCAAGGAUAGCAGCAGGCUGGACAGGCUGGUCAUGUAUCAGCCUAGGUCGUAA